UCCUGGCACUGGGAGGAGGAGGGGGGAGCCCUCGCCUUAAGGCGAGUUAGAGACCCACAGGGAGUGAGAAAUUGGGGAUCUUCUAAUGAUAAUCUUCCCUAGUUCAUAAAACUUAGCACGCUUAAAUAUUAUGUUUAUUUAAGCUUGUCAUGUACUAUGCUGCUGCAAAAAAGCUAAUUUUCAUUUAUACUCUGGGUUUGUGUGUGCACCCAUGACAAUAAACGUGAACUUGGAACUUCAGCCCCUCCCUUUCCCUUCAGCUGACGUAAUGUGAAGGGUCUUGACCCAAAACAUCGAAUCUUCAUUCCCCCCAUUCUGUUAUCCCAGCCAAAGAGACACAGACCUGACUGCCCCGUGGUGGGACUUGCUGAGAUACCCACCUGCAGCAGGUGUUGGGACAACAGCGUGCCGGUUUAAUUUCUGCCACUGUCCAGUUCUGGGGACUUGGGUUCCCGGGGAUCGUCCAGCAAACUGUUUCCUGCGGGGAGGAACAAGAUGGUCCGAUCGAUGUUGGCGACAGCCACCAGCCUUGUGCUCACCACCACGGUGAUCACCCAUGCCUACUACCUGAAGCGUCAGUUCUACCCCACUGUGGUGUACCUCACCAAGUCCAGCCCCAGUAUGGCGGUGCUGUACAUCCAGGCGUUUGUCUUGGUCUUCCUCAUCGGCAAGUUUAUGCGAAAGGUGUUCUUUGGGCAGCUGCGUGCUGCAGAGAUGGAGCACUUAAUUGAGCGUUCCUGGUAUGCCGUGACUGAGACCUGCCUGGCAUUCACCGUCUUCAGGGAUGACUUCAGCCCGCGCUUUGUGGCCAUCUUCACCCUGCUCCUCUUCCUCAAGUGCUUCCACUGGUUGGCUGAGGACCGGGUAGACUUUAUGGAGAGGAGUCCAAACAUCUCUGUGCUGUUUCACUUCCGUGUCACCUCACUCAUGGGCCUGCUCACUGUGCUGGAUCUACUGUUUGUGAACCAUGCCUGUCACAGUAUCAUCACUCGAGGAGCCUCUGUCCAGCUGGUGUUUGGCUUUGAGUAUGCCAUACUUCUCACCAUGGUACUGACCAUUUUCAUCAAAUACGUUCUACACAGCAUUGACCUUCAGAGUGAGAACCCCUGGGACAACAAGGCUGUUUAUAUGCUCUACACAGAACUCCUGACUGGGUUCAUUAAGGUUCUGCUCUACAUGGCUUUCAUGACCAUAAUGAUCAAGGUGCACACGUUCCCUCUGUUCGCCAUUCGUCCCAUGUACCUGACCAUGAGGCAAUUCAAGAAGGCAGUGACAGAUGCCAUUAUGUCAAGACGAGCUAUUCGCAACAUGAACACCCUAUACCCUGAUGCCAGCCCAGAGGAGCUACAGCUGACGGACAACGUCUGCAUUAUCUGCCGGGAGGAGAUGGUGACCGGGGCCAAGCGACUCCCCUGCAACCACAUCUUCCACACUAGCUGCCUCCGCUCCUGGUUCCAACGCCAGCAGACGUGCCCGACAUGUCGCAUGGAUGUCCUGCGCACCACGCUGCCCGCACCGACACCCCCACCGCAGCAGCCGCAGCCGCAGACGCCCUUAGUACCCCAGCAGCCAAACAUACCUCCGGGGAUGAUGCCACCCUUCCCGCCAGGACUGUUCCCCUUCUGGCCACCCAUGGGCCACUUGGGCCAGAACUUCUUCCCUCAGGCUCCAGGUGCAGCUCCCAACACACCGCAGCCAAAUGCUUCAGCUCCCUCUGGGUCAGAUGCCCAGACUAACGCUGCCAAUGGCGACUCAUCACGAACCAGUGAACCAAUGGCAGGGACCAGUUUGGAGCCACCGCCUGCUGGAUCAAUCCCAGGAUUUCCUUUCUCCUUCCCUCCGUUCCCAUCGGCUCCUUGGGUGGGAAUGCCGCCGCCUCCGUUUGCGAUGCCUCCAAUGCCGAUGCCACCAUCGGGUUUUGCCGGACUGACGGAAGAGGAGCUCCGGGCGAUGGAAGGGCAGGAGCGCCAGAACCUGGAAGCCCGGCUCCAGUGUCUCCAGAACAUUCACACGCUGCUGGAUGCGGCCAUGGUCCAGAUUCACCAGUACCUCUCGGUUGUUGCGACUCUCAGCCCCCCUAGGCCAACGACAACUGAGAGUACAGCACCAAGCACAGAGUCGGCAGAACUGGCAUCUGCAUCACCGGUGGAUUCCCCAGCAGAGUCUCCCUCUCCUCCUGCUCCAGUGGCUGACAACACCUCUACACUACCAACCCUAACGCCUGAAGAAAUAGGGCAGAGCGAUCUGGAAGGCGCAGUGGGCUACACCGCGCCGAACUCCGACAACCUCCUGGAAGACGGGGAAGACCCCCUUGGAGAGCCGGAUGCCGCUGAGCUGCGCCGACGGAGACUACGGAAGCUUGAGCAGUCCGACACCCAGCACUAACCACUCGGAUUGGACUGCACGGCUUGAGGCUGGUCAGGGGUGGUGAUAUUUGUUGGGGGGGGGGGGGGGUGGUGAGCGCAAGAAAAUCAGCUGAGCUAGGAGGGGGGAGGUUUGCUCCUCUGGUUUUCUUCCUCACCAACCCCACACCCCCCGCCCCGCCCCACCAACCCUUGACCUACUGCAUUUGCAGCAAGUGCCAUUGAUUCUGUGAUUUACCAAGAUCCACGUUUUGUCACUGGCCUGUCCACCGCAGCAGGUUUGAAAGCAUCAAGAGUCUCCAGUAAAGGGAAAACGUACACCAGCUGCCACCUGUCCGGUCCUUUCCACAUGCGUGGCUUCGCGUCCAUACUGAAGCGCAGCGAGGCUUCGCUUUUUCUGAAGCGACUGAUUUUUCUUUUUGAUUUUUGACACUGUUCUCGGCGCUAACUUUCUCACUCGAAGCCAGCAGGUUCUCCCCAUCCACACAGGGCCUGUGUGUGAAUCCAGCAGCGUUGUUCCAGCAUGAAGAGCUGGAACAGACUUCAGCCCUUUCGGAUCUGGUGGUGACGUCCUGUUUUUUUUUCCUUCCCCACCAACAUCCCACCCACCCCCCCACCAAACCUCCCUGACCAGAACUGCUAUAAUUGCUCGCUUACUGGUAACCCAGACCUUCAGUGUAUAGCCUGACUGAAUCUGGCAGUGCAACCCACUGGAACUGCUUUUGACAGCAAGCUUUGGCAUGCUGUGAGAUCAAACUGCAAUAAAUAUCCUUACGCAGGCCUCUCCUAUAUCAGUCAUUCAUAAUAUCCUCACUUUACAAAUGUAAUGUCCUUGGUUGAAAUCAUAGAGCUGGUGGUCCAGAAAUAUUUUCCAAAUGGGUCCUUGGUAUGACCAUGUCAGAGGAAUAAUCUGUCACAAAUGUGUAGAUGCCUUUUUAUUUUUAUUUGAGUUCGGUGGGGAGAAAACGGGAGAUGUGGGAAUACUUUCUCCUGCACUUCAGAUAAUCUUAUCAAAGAAAAAUCUUGGAUAAGGAUUUUGCGAGAUGAAAUGGGGCCAGAGUGGGACUGUGAACAGUUCAGGUAUUUGCCCAUAGAUAAUGAAAUGGAAAUGAUUCCUGGCUCAGAAUGAAACCAGCUCCAGACUUUGGGAUUUAGAUCACUGGUUGAUUAAAUUGAUUUCAAUUUUCUUUUGCUUCAAGCAGUUUAUUUUUUGGUUUAAACCUUUUGUAGAAGAAAUUUGACUUUGAAGGUAGAUUAUUUGCCUUUGAUAGUAUGUGUUUAGUGUGGGGCAAGGUGCUUGGGGGGGGGGGGGGGGGGGGGGGGGGCGGUGGGGGGUGUGGGUUUGCAGGGAUACCUGGUUUUCACUGCCCACUCCUGAGGAUCACCCAGCAAGCAUUCCUUUUCUAGUCAGGCCAGGGCGAUGACAGAUUUUGUUCUGCGUGUGUCUUGUGUUGGAAACUAGCAGGGUCAGUGAGUGUGGCAUAAAGGAAUUUGAUUGGCAAGUGGUCGCUAUUGUGGGUGGAGGGAAAGGGAUGUUUCAUUCCUUGUGGACCCGGGUUCUUUUGAAGAGAUACUUUGUACACCAGAAUCUGAGAGGGGGAGUGUGUGUGUGUGUGUGUGUGUUCCUUCCUCUCUCUCUCCCCCACCCUCCCUCUCAUGAAUUUUUCAAGUGUUAAUGUUUUUGAAUUGUUGGAACUACUGCCUCACUAAACACUUAAACAAAAGUAUGCACCUUAUUACCACCCCCAGCUCCCUCCCCAAACAAUAGGUACCAACUGAAUCAGGGCACUUUGAGAUUUGAGUUCCCUCCCACAGUCUGCUUAAUUGACUGACUUCAUGGCAGGAUGUUGAGGUUUGCUUCUUCAUUGCCUUCCCCCACCGCCCCCUCAGGGUUACUUGAUAGUUAUCUAUUGACUCGGAGCAGUCUUGCUUGUACCAGCAACGAGGGAGGCUUACCACUCAAGUUUUGCUGGUGUAGGGGACUGGAGGUGGUGGUUGACAGUCUGGGGAGAUGUUUUGCUUCACUUCAUGGACUUCCGGAGUAUGGACAAGCUUUCCUGCUCCCUGCAGAGGAGAUUGAAUUUGCAUGUUAAUCCUUGACCCCACAAACAUCUGCUUAGCCUGCUGUUGAGGAAAACCCUUCCUUCCUGUGCGAGUGCAGCUUUUUUUUGUAAUGUGGAGGAACAAAUGGGGGGAGGAACAGAGAGCAAAUUAACACAGAUUGGGUAAGAUUUACAUUAAUUACUGUGGCAAUUGACAGUUUGCUGUAGUACAUGAGAUCUGUGGCAAUAUUGAAACAAGUCUGUUUUCCCUGCACCAAGCCGAGCCCAUGUCAUCACCCACACGGACACCAAAUAAUUUUACCCUGUGUAGGGGUCCUCGCAUGCAUUCAGGAAACGCCUAGGGUUGGAAUCAGCAGUUCUGUGCCACCAGUCUCUCAUUCUGCUGGAGUAUUCUUGAGGUGCCUGAAUGCUUGGGGAUAGGUCAAUGGGAUUAAUGAAUAACUGCUGCUCAUUUGGAUCCACAGUUGGUUUUAAUCCUCUCCCUGUUGAUGCCUGCCCUGCUGUCUCACACAAAAGAGAACACUGACUCCUGAGGAAAAGACACUUUGGUUUUGUCCCCCACCCUUCAAGCCACAUACUUUGGCAGUGAAUGAAGGAUAGUGGUUCUGGGCUGCCUGCUGGUUUUAAGCAGGGAGCAGUUUGUGCUUCUGCAUCAUCACUUCCAGAUGAUUAAAUCCAGAUUGCCCUUCAACUUGGGGGGGGGGGGGGGCGGAGAGGGAAGGUGUGUGGCUGGGGGGGUAGGGCAUGGACUGACACAGAAAUAACCUCCCCCCCCCCCCUGCCAUUUCAAGGUUGGGAUUUCUGCAUAGAUUCCUUGCAUUUACGUCUAAGAGCUCUGUAGGGGUGAGGGUUUUGUGGUUGAUUAUUUAAUUUGUAUAUAUUGUAUAAAAAUUUUAAUAGCUGGAAUUGUACAUAGUGCACAAUAAAAUCUGCUGGUUCUGUC